AUGGACGGCACUGGCUUUAUGCAGGCAACUCCUGGGAGUCUUCCCAUGGGUGGUGGUGGGGAAGAAGCAGAUGAGUUGGGCCAGCGCAUCCCCGUGACACCCGACCUCGCUGCCCAGUGCGGCUUCACCAGCGGCACCGAUCUGUACGGCAACCCCGAGAUCAGAAUAUCGUUCCUGGCCUGUUCGGUCCACAAUUCGUUUGACCAGGACUUCAGCCUCCAGCUGCAGGUGGAGGUCACCAGCCCAGCUAAUGUGACGGACGCUUACGACGUCUCCAUGAAGUGCUCCCUUGAUGCUCCGUGGAGUCCCCGGGAGAUUGCCUGCGAGGAAAACUACAUGGAGGUGUCUGUUAAGCGUGAGGUUCCAGGAAUAGCCAGUGAAGCCCUGAACAAGGACUGGAUGGCCGUGUGGCCGGUGGCACAGGGCGCCAUGAAUCAGGUGUGGCAAGUCAUCUUUCACUUCCAGAACGGCUCCUUGCAGAGAAUGAUGGCCACGCAGGCCCACGCCCUGGGUUAUGGUGUCAACACCACAGCCACCCGCGUCCUCUUCCGGAUGCCCUACGGCUCCCCGCAGGCCGAGAUCACCAUGGUUCAGGGCCUGGAAGUGGAGGUGGCACGAGCCACGGUCUUCUACAAGCAGGCCUGGAUGAUUCUAAUGGUGAACACAGCUCUCGCUUGCCCUGUCGGCCCCCCGCUUUUCACAGCCACCACCCUCAGCUGGGUGACCCCAUGGAUUAUGUCCUCGCUGGUGCGCUUCCCCGAUCUGUAUCAUGACGAGGCCAUUGCGAUGGGCUUGGACGGGUGUCGGAUCGACGAGGCCACCAUCAUGAGGAAUGGAUACGCUUUUGUGAUGGACUCCAAUGUCAUCACCAUCACGGUGCCCAUUGGGGCUGCCGGAGGGCUCACCGAGAGUGACGUGGUCGACAACCACUACGGCACGACGUACAGUAUCAAGCUCCUGCUGGACCGCCGGUGGCAAGGGGACGAUAGUGACCACACGCGCCUCCGCAGCCUCAAGUCCUUCCGCACCCCCUUUGCUCCUCAGACGCCUCUGCUGGUCGACAACACUAUCCCAGAGAGAGGCUACUUUGACGUGAGCUUGGGUAGCUUCCUUCCCGAUGUGGAGCUGUCCACCAUCGCUGUGGCUGGCCAGCCCUUGACACCCGAGGGGCUCAGGAGACGUGGCUUCCGGCUGGAGGAAGUCCCCAAGCCCAACCGCACCAGGGCCUUCGUCCUCCAGGUUCCUUUUGCCGAUUCCCUGGUGGAGCAGCAGUAUCUGCACAGCAACGUCAGGAGAUACACCCUCCAUCUCUACUAUACCCUCAAGCUGGUCACAAAGGACAAGACAUUCACCCAUCCUGGAGUAAUCCACUGUGACAUCCCCGACGUCGUUCUUCCAACCUUUGAGAGGAUCUGUGAUGCGGGAGCGCUUGGUCUCGUGAUGACCCGCGGGAACCUGGACCACUUCUGGAUCCCGUACGUGGGCAGUCAGCAGCUGACCAGCAGGCUGGCUGCCUUGCAGAACUACACAGUCCAAGAUGACGGAAGCCGCUUCUACCUCUUGGUACCUUUCUUGGCACCGGGUCUGGUGUAUGAGGACAUCUCCCUGCAAGGAGUGACAGCUCGACUUGACUUCAGCUUGCGGGACAACAAGACACUGGCAACCAUUCUGACCUUCCCAGUGGCCUGCAUUUUCCCCACUGGCAGGCUGCUUGCAUGUCUUUCCAAUGGAACCAUGGCUGCCACGGUCCUCGGCCUGGACACCAAACCGGCCCUGGACCCCAGGAGAACCCACUUACGGGACAAGAACUGUGGGCCGGUGGCUGCGGAUGAAUCCAAAGCCCUCUUCUCUUUCCCAGUGGCCAGUUGUGGUACCACAAAGAGGUUUGAAGGGAACUACUUGCUGUACGAGAAUGAGGUGACCUUCAGAGAAGAAAGGAUUCCUCAAGCGAGUCCAGUGAUCACCAGGGACUCCCAGUACAGGCUGACUCUACGCUGCCAUUACCCUCUGAACGAGACGCUCCGUGUCUGGGCUCGGCGGUUUCAGGGGGAAUGGGCCACACCAGUGUCCUACGGCUUGGGGCCCAGAGUGUACCAGCAGAAGAGAGCUGCAGAUCAUUGGAUUAUCUCCCAGACAGCCAGUCGUGCUUCGGAAGGGGCAGUUGGAACAAGGUGGUGCUGGCUUCCCGCUUUCAGUGCGGCCCUGUCUGGAGUAGCUGCCAUUGUGGGCAUGCUCCCUGUCAGGUUCCUAGGCCAGGAAUGCAACUGA